AUGCAUCUAGUCAUUUACAGAAUUACUGUUAUCCACAACGUGGUUCUUAUCGAAUAUUUAGUGAUACACAAUUACUAAUACAAUUCAGUCUAUUACCACCUAUACUUAUGUGUAUAUUUAUUACAUUCAUUAUUAAAAAUAUUCAUGCUUCACAUAAACGUAUUGCAAAUGCAGUUGUUGCACAUCAUCAUGCACGUAUAAAAAAACGUGAUAUACAAUUAACUAAAAUGUUAAUUUUACAAGUUAUUAUAGCAAUUGUAUGUUCAUUACCAUUAGCUAUAUCACAAUUAAUGACCACUAUGACAUUAACAUGGACAAAAACUCCAUUACGUUUAACAAUCGAAGCAUUUUUCUCUUUAAUAGCACGUCAAUUAGCAUAUAUGAAUUGUUCAAUUUCAUUUUAUAUAUAUACACUAGGUGGAUCACAGUUUCGUUUAGAAAUUCGACAAAUUAUUAAUAAAAUAACAAUGUUUCUAUGUCAUAAACGUCUUCUGGAAAAGAAACGUAUCGGUAUUGAUCCUGGAUUAGCUGCUGGAAAUGUUCAAGAAUCUAUACUACGACGACAACCUACAGUUAAAGACAAACUAAAAACUGAUGCAGAAGUUAGCCUGGAUACACAGGAUCAUGUAUAA